AUGUCAAGUGCAUAUUUCAACGAGAUUUGGCAUCAAUCGCAGCAUGAAUGCGAACAGUUGGCCAUCAUCGACUAUGAGAGACAGCAUCAGAAUGUGGACACGACUGUGGCAGCCAUCAGUGGUGUUGUUAGUGCCGUUUCGAGCUCUGUGGCUGCCGCUGCCGAGAAUAAGGCAUUGCUUCAAUCUAGUCUCUAUGAGUUUUAUCUACGCUAUAUAUGCCUGAGCAAUCGUCUGGAGGAUGUCUACGAUAAUAUGAUCCAACCACAAAAACGGGAAUUGGUGCGCAAGUUGUUGGACGCUUGCCUGGGACGUGUGGUGGAGCUUAAGCACGAUCUGGUCAACAUUGAUCUAAUGGAGUUUAGCUACAAUGACGAUGUCGUGGAGCGUUUGCGUCUCACACCAAUGGAGACGGAGCUACGUAUUCCACGGUACUUUUUGCGUGAACGUGAGCAGGAGUUGGACUUCCGUAAGCGUACCAUGAAUGAGAUCUUGAUCAAAUUGGGCUGGCUGGAGGAACACGAGCUUGAGGAGCCUCUAACUGAAAUGGAAGCAAUUCGACUGCUUCAGAUGCACGAGCGUGCCCGCCAAGGUCGCCUCCGGGCGCACUUUAUGAAAGAGAUACGCAAGGAGAAGGGCAAAUCAGAGGAGCGCAGUGAGAAAGAGCGUACAGAUUCCGGACUCAUGGCAGCCAUGAAAAUUCAGAAAAUGUGGAGAGGCCACACAGCGCGUCGGAUAACCAGACGCCGUAAGAUGGAUGAGAUGAUAUUGAUUGGAAUGGUACCGCCACCUGCUGCGGUGAUCAAAGAGCGCGCCGAGAAGCUGGAAAAGCACAACGAGAACGACGUCAGACGUCGUCAUGUGGCCCAACAAACAUAUGCGGCACAAUUCGAGGCAAGACAGGUGGCAAUUCAGGAGGAGAUCAGGCUAAAGCAUGGACCCACUAUGAAGGAGGAUAUUGCCGAUGAGAUACGUGCUUGGAUCAAAGAUUGCUAUGACAAAACGGGCAAGCUACCCGAUUUCCCAUCUGAAGAUCAGGGCGGUUCACUGCACAUAUUUAGUCGUCCGGGCACUGAGAGUGAGCACAGUCGCUCCUCGGCACGUUCCUCCAAGGAGUCUCGCAAAACAAAGGACAAAUCCAAAUCCCCGGCACGUAGCGGUGAUCUUAAUGUAAAUGAAAACCAGGAGGACGAUGUCAAUUUUCAACCGGCUCAAUCUGUUUGUCUACCCGACAUUCGGGCGGAAAUUGAAUUCUUUAACGAUACUUGGCGCGAUAAGGACGAAACGGGUAUACUUAGCCAGGCUGCAUACGAGGACAUGAUCUAUGCUGAAAAGUAUCAAGAAGUGGAGCUGGAAUUUCGACGCGCUGUGGACGAUGUGAUGCGCCAGGAGCUUGAGCUCCUUCAAACAAUGGUUGGCAAGAAGGUCAAAAAGAGCAAUAAGAAGACACGUCGAUCCGGAAAGAAAAGUAAAAAGAAGAAGGAAAAGGACCUAACGCCAGAUCGUAGUACAGAGUCGCUCUAUGAGGAAUUGGUCACAAAUGGUAUUAUUCGCAAAUAUCCUGAGCUUAAAUUGAAACAGUUUCUGGGGGACAAAGCCUUAACAGCUCGCAACGGAACUAAUCCUUCACCAGGUGACAUUCGUCAGAUACUCACCGAGUACUGCAUUCUUCCACUUGGUUCAGAAGCCAUACACAGCUGUACUCCUCUGAUAAGAUCUGUUCUGCUGGCUGGUCCACGGGGAUCCGGUAAAAAGGCAUUGCUCCAUGCAAUUUGUACGGAAGUUGGUGCCGUUUUAUUUGACUUAACACCUGCCAAUAUUGUGGGCAAAUAUCCGGGGAAAUCUGGUCUCAUUAUGCUCAUACACUUGGUGCUAAAGGUAUCGAGGCUACUGCAACCGGCGGUUAUUUAUAUGGGAGAUGCAGAGCGUCCAUUCAUGAAGAAAAUACCCAAGACGGAUCGCACGGAUCCCAAACGUUUAAAGAAAGAUUUGCCUAAAAUGAUUAAGAAUAUUGCACCAGAAGAUCGUGUCAUUUUUGUUGGCACCUCCAAUUUACCAUGGGAGGCAGAUCAGAAACUUUUGCAAUCGGUCUACAAUCGUUUCAUUUAUAUUCCACGUCCGGAUUACGGCGCCAUGUCGCAUGCUUGGAAAACUCUGUUGCAUGAGUACUCUGGAGGCAUCUCCAACUUGGACACCAGUGCCAUGGCCAAAAUAUCCGAUGGUUAUACCAUAGGCGCUAUUGAUGCUUGUCUCCGGGAAGUUAUGACCUGCAAACGUAAAUUACAAUUGCGUUCCCAGCCGCUAACAAAUGCGGAGCUUAUAAAUGUUCUAUGUACUCGUGAUCCUGUCUAUCGAGAAGAAGAGGAAGCUUUUGAAUCAUGGUGGUCAAAGACUCCGCUCGGCCGUCGGCGGCAACGUUUUCUGGAACUGGAAGAGGAACGUCUCCUUGAAGAACAGGCACAGCAGGCCAAGCAAGGAAAUGGCAACAAAAAGAAAGGAAUGAAUUGAUCCAAAUACUCGUACU